GGUCCAAUUCAGGGGUUAUGGACGUGGUCAGACAGAAGUAUCACUCGGAUUAUUUCCACAGAGUCAUAUGGAGGUUCAUAAUUGCGGACGGUGAAUUAAGGUCGAUUCUGCAAGUGGGACGACAGUGCGGUUUCGUUACAUUUUUCAUGGGCGUUUUGAUCCUCAUCACGUUGGCUUGUUCAGUGAUGAGCACAAAGAUCGCCAAGUCGAAUGAAAUGCUGUGUCGUUCGCUCCAGAAUCAAGUAAACGAGAAAUUGCCGAGGAAGCGUAGUAUUUUGAGGGUGAAGCCAGCAUACAAUUGCAUUCAUGAACACCUGCAGAAGACCUUCGUAACUCUGGAGAAAAUGAAGCAAACUGUGCACAAAGAGUCGCUGGAGAUCGACGUGAUGAAGAGCAAAAUAUCUUGCAUGACGAAACUCAUGAAUUGAAUGAAAUUAUUGUGGAAUUAUGGAAAUGGCAUGUUACGUGAAUGGCGGAUGAAACUUUAUUGGAAAUAGA